AUGGAUACCUAUAGUUUUGACGAAUUGGAUAUUAAUGCAGAUAUUUAUAGUUCUGAUGAAUUGGAUAUUAAAAGAAGACAAAAUAGCUAUCAUGUUGAAGGUGAAGCUAGCUCUAGUAUAGAUACUAAUAGGUCUAAUGAAUUAAAUGAAGUUAUAAAUGAAUUUAACCCAAUAUCUAAUGAAUUUGGUGAAAUAUUUGAGAAGAAUAUAUUAAAAAGUGACAAGAUUAUAAGCAAAACUGAUGAAUUCUAG